AUGAAACCCACGGAUGUAGCAGACAUCACCACCCAGGAUGAAAACGUGUACAAUUAUUACUACCACGACCAAAACAUUCCCAAACCUUGCACCAAGGAAGGUGUCAAGGCCUUUGGGGAGCUCUUCCUGCCUCCUCUUUAUUCCUUGGUCUUUCUGUUGGGUCUGUUUGGAAACUCUGUUGUAGUUCUGGUGUUGUUCAAGUACAAGAGACUCAAGUCCAUGACCGACGUGUACCUGCUGAACCUCGCCAUCUCAGAUCUGCUGUUUGUUCUUUCGCUCCCGUUCUGGGCCUACUACGCCGCUGACCAGUGGGUUUUUGGAUUGGGUCUGUGCAAGAUUGUGUCAUGGAUGUACCUGGUGAGCUUUUACAGCGGCAUCUUCUUCAUCAUGCUCAUGAGCAUCGAUAGGUACCUGGCCAUCGUGCACGCGGUGUUUUCCUUGAAAGCGAGGACUCUGACCUAUGGGGUCAUCACCAGCUUGGUCACGUGGUCAGUGGCUGUGUUCGCCUCCCUUCCGGGCCUCUUGUUCAGCACUUGCUACACAGAGCACAAUCACACGUACUGCAAGACCAAGUACUCAGUCAGCUCGACCUCCUGGAAGGUCCUCAGCUCCCUGGAGAUCAAUGUCCUAGGGCUGGUCAUCCCGCUGGGGAUCAUGCUGUUCUGUUAUUCCAUGAUCAUUCGGACCCUGCAACAUUGCAAGAAUGAGAAGAAGAGCAGGGCAGUCAGGAUGAUCUUUGCUGUGGUGGUCCUCUUCCUCGGCUUCUGGACGCCGUACAACGUGGUGCUUUUCCUGAAGACCCUGGUGGAGCUUGAGGUCCUUCAGAACUGCACCUUGCAGAGGCACCUAGACUUCGCCAUCCAGGCCACAGAGACCCUGGCCUUCAUCCACUGCUGCCUCAACCCCGUCAUUUACUUCUUUCUUGGGGAGAAAUUCCGAAAGUACAUCGCCCAGCUCUUCAGAAUGUGCCGGGGUCCUCUUGUGCUCUGCCAAUACUGUGACUUCCUUCAGAUCUACUCAGCCGACACCCCCAGCUCCUCUUACACGCAGUCCACUGUGGAUCAUGACCUCCGGGACGCUUUGUAACCACGUGAACGGGGUAGCAUGACAUUAACAAGCUCUCCACAGCCAGCGCUAGCCCACCUUGUUUUCAGCAAGGGUGCCCCGAGCAAGUGUCUGAGGAAAGCAAACGAGCAAAACUCAUGGAGGGCUGGCUUCUCACUCUGCAGGUGGCUCUUCCUCUUUCCUUGGAGAAGUACAGCCCAAAAUGUGUUUAGCUGCUCUGAGUUUGUUCACACACCAGGUCUGCCUACAGGGAGAGGGGAACCUGGGGAGGCCUGUCCAGUUUCAGUGGGCUUGUAGAUUGCACUGAAGACAUGUCCCCUCUUCCCAGCCUCCCCUGCUAGGGGACUCUCCAGAGAUGGGUGGAGGAAAUCACUCUUCCACCGUGGAA